GUCGGAAAUGGUAGAUGCCUUUGUUUACUUUUCAAUUAAGUACCUGUUUCCUUCCACCAACAACGUUCGCUUCAAAGAAGACAAAUCGUUGCUUGUUGCCGCGAGAAAAAUGAUGUCUUUAAGUAUGAUAAAGCUCGUUUUUUGGGCUUCUCUAUUUUCUAUUGUUUUUGGACACGGAAUCCAUUUACCACCCCAUCAAACUGAAUGCUUUUAUGAAAACCUAAGAACAAAUGAUAAAAUGUCGGUUACGUAUCAAACCAACCUGGGCGGUGAUCAGCUUGUUUCCUUAAGUGUCUAUAAUCCUCUUAAUCAACUUAUGCAUCAAGAAGUCCCUAGUGCCAUGUCACAGUAUUCUUUCACUGUCAAAAACCCAGGAAAAUAUACAUACUGCUUUAAAAACGAUGCAUUGGACAACGAGGCUAAGGAAGUUUUAUUUAACGUUCAUGGAGUUAUUUAUGUUUCUGAUGAGGAUCUAGAAGCAGACAAUCCUUUGAUCGGAAAAGUUCGCAAUCUUCACGAUACUAUUUCUCAUGUUAAGGAUGAACAAGAAUAUUUCGUUGCUCGAGAACGCGUUCACCGUAACACGGCCGAAAGUACAAAUGACCGCGUUAAAUGGUGGAGUAUUCUUCAAACUAUUAUUUUAUUGUCCGUCUGUGUUUUUCAAAUCAUCUACUUGAAACGUCUCUUUGAAGUGAAGCGUGUAGUAUGAGCUCCGAUGUUUUCAAAAGGGCCAAUGGUACUCUACUCUACGUGUUGUAUCUAAGUAUCAAGCGGAAUUGUUUUUGAGAAGAAUUAUUUGCUCAUUCUUAACGAAACGAAUUGAACCAUAAAUUGAGUGAUCUAAACUCCAAAGAUAGAUAGAUGAAGAAAAUGCUAAAUCCGUCUCCUUCAUCAUGAUUUUGUUAGACGUCGAUAUUUAUGUUAAUCAUUCAAGCAAGUUAUUCUUUCUUCUUCUAAUUAUGAAAUCUAUACUGCGAUUAAUACAUAUCUUUUCCUUUCAAUCCAAUUUACGAUUGAACCACUAUCUGAGCUUGCAAAGCUUUGCGUGAUGAUUCAAAAUGAUAUUCAUAGUUCAAAUAGAAAAAUGUCUUACGUUUUUUUUGUUUUACUUGCUUAAUGAUCUGAACACGUCUUUGAACACUUAAACCGACCAUGAAACAAUAGUUCUACAUCAUG